AUGGUAUUCCCGAUGAUCGUGAACUGCAGUGGAGAAACUUCCUCGAGGCACCUUUUGGGACACUGUUCCGGAGCGGUUGACGGCAAACACUCAGAGGUACAGGUUUUACUCACAAAGCAGCGCCUCCGAUAUUGCUCUACUCUGGAACUCAGACACCACGAGCAGGGCCUGCAUUUCAAGGGUUGCUACCACCCCAUUCGCAGACGAGAGCUCACGGCCAGGCUGGUCCACAGUCUGGACGCCCUGCGCUCCCUGAGUUUCCCGCACGACUCCCGGAUGGUGAUGUCUUACAAAAGCAGCCUAAAUCAGCAGGUAGCCGCCUUCUCCCUGAAGGCCGACGGACGCGAAAUUGUAACACGUGGGGAGCUCUCAGUCGUGCCUCACGUUGAGUGGCGUUGGGUGGGUUCCUAUCGGAGGCCAGGCCGUUCCUCUCCCAGAAAAUCUUGGGCUGCCAGUGGGUUUGUGAAGCCUAAAGUCCGCGAUCCGGACGGACGGACCGGGGUGGAAUCCAGGGUCUCGCCAGCCGCGGUGCAGGAUGACGGCAGAGGCGGCAGGGAGAGGGACGAGAGGUUUUCCUUAACAUUGGUCGCGGAGGCGGAUCGGCGGCUUUACGCCGCUGGCCUCCGGCUGCGGAACGGCCGAAAUUACCUGAACGCGAGCCUGGAAGUCCUCGCGUCCCAGAACAAACUAGGGUGGACCUGGUCCUGCACCGCGGAGCGGAGGUGGAGGCCGCUGCGAUUGGCGGACGUCCCUGAGGCUUUACGAGCGGAGGGAAACGUCUACUACACGGGCAGUUCUGUGGGGUUGGCCGUGAGCGCGGAACUGGACGCGAAGCCCGUGGACCUGGAGCUCCGAGCGGUUUGGGGCAAAAGGCGCGGACUGGAGCUGCUCCUCCAACACGCCCUCCCGACGUGGAGGAGAGCCGGCAUUCCCGGGAGGAACAGGCUGAGCGCGCGAGCCACGAGGGGCAGGAAAGCGGACGUAAACGUGGACCUGGCGGUCGGGCAGUGCAGAGCGUCUGCGAGCGGGCGCCUCCGGAGGGGCAUCGCUACCAAGUGGCGCUUGGCUCUCGUCAACCGAUGCCCUUACUUUGAGAGCCUGGCCCCGGCACGUUUCUUCGUGAACGGGUCGAUGAGGACAGAUCGCUGCGAGGCCGACUUGGUUGCCCGCGUCCGGAUGGACCGAGCCUUCGCUCAGCUCCAGCUACAGACGGCGUGUAGCCCGAAGCUCGGCCUCGACCUGGGGUUCGGGCACUCCCUGGCCUGGCUGCGGGCCGCGGGGGUCCCCGCUGACAGCAGGAUACUGGUCAGAGUGGCCAAGGCCCCCAAGCGAGAGGCGUCUGUCGAGCUCACCCUUGGCAAAUGUGGCCUCAAAGCGCUGGGCGAGGUCAGAGCCAAGGAGGGGGCGAGGACAGACUGGUCGGCCUCUCUUACGAACAGAUGCCCCGCCCUCCAGAGGGCGGGCGUUCCACAGGACCUGGAGACUCGCGGGUCCGUGCACAUCCACAGCUGCAGCGUUGGACUGAAGGCCAGUCUGCAGAGCGAUGGGAAAACAGCUGAGCUUCAGCUGGAGACCACUUGUGAACCCAAGUACACGGUGCAGGCGCUUCUCAGGCACACCCUCCCCCAGCUGAGCGACCGGGGUCUGCCCAGGGAAAGCCGGCUGGUCCUGUCGGCCGUCAGGGGAGCCACGCUGGAAGGCUCCGUGCUGCUCCAGUCCGGGAAGUGCAGAGUCCGAGCCCGGGGUGACCUCGCGACGGGGACGAAAACCAAAUGGAUGUGGGCGACCGAGACUGACUGUCAGGUCCUUCAGGGCUUCAAGAUUCCGGCUCAGUCGCAAUUCAACGGGACCCUUCAAGUUGAGAAGUGCAAAGCCGAACUCCUCACAGAGGUCCAGUUAGAGGGAAACGCGGCUUACCUGGAGCUCCGGUCGGCGUGCGAGCCAAACGUCAACGUGGAUGUCAUCUUCAGGCACCGCCUGCCGAUGUUGGCAGCCAUCCCGCAGGACGGGAAGCUCUCGUUCACUGCGGAGCAGCAACCAAAUAAUAGCAACCUCACCUUCGAUUUGAAACUGGGAACGUGUGACCUACUGGUCAACGGCUCCGUUCAAGUGGAAAACAGGAUUGAAUUAAGCUUUGUGAUGGAGAAUAAAUGCAAAGCGCUGCAGGACCUGGGAGCACCGUUGACAAUAAAUGGCUCCGGUUACGUGACGAUGGGGAAUAACUUCGAUUCGCAGAUACAGAUAAACAUCGAUGACACUAAGCUGCAAGGUCUAGUGAUGAUGAACAGCACUGGUAGCAAGCAGGAGAUCGACGUCUCGUUGACUCAUAACGUCGAGAGCGCCUUGCGGCUGGGCCUGCCCAAGACCACUGUUGUGGCUGUAACGGCGGAGAGAGAGGCCCACACCUACAGGAGGUUCACCCGAAUCCACAUCGAUAACAAGCGGAUAGUUGAAGAGCUGACGUUUGUGCGCGAAGCUCAUCACGUUUCCUUGAACUACAAGCUGACCCACAAUAUAAAGGCGCUCAAGCAACUUUACAUCGAGGACCUAAUCGACGUGCGGGCUGCCCUCGAGCUGAAGGAACUAAAGAUUCUGACGGUGAAAACGCAGUACGGGUCGCGGUUGGCUAACGUGGAAGCCCGAGGGAGUACCGGCCCGGGGCGGACCGAAGUCACGGCCAACUUCCAACACAACUGGUCUCGGCUGCUGAAAUACGGAGUGUCGGGAACGCUGCAGAUCAACCUUUACGUGCAGAGCUUGGCUCCCGUCGAGGGAUCUCUACAGAUCAUUGUGGACGGUGCGAGGCUGAUUACGUACGAAUUCAAGGCUUUUUCCAGCGAGCAGCGCUUCAAUGUCAUCGUCAAAAACAGCCACAGCAACGGAAAGCUGCUGACUGCUGGAUACCCGCAGGAGAUUGUGGUCGUAUUAACAGCACAGAGAACUGGAACUAAAUCGAGGUCGGCGUUUGAGGUGCAGUACGACGGCAGGAACAUGAAGAUCAGCGUGGACGGGUCGGGAAGCCUUGCACUGGGGGCAGCGAUCGAACUGAUCGCUGGCGUCGAGCACACAAUCCCCUUCAUCGCGGACCUCGGAGUGCCCCCCAGCAUCCAGGCCGACUACAGGGGAACGCUCAACACCACUGACCUGGACAUCUCCCUGACGCUGAAAUAUGGGCCAAACACCAGCCUCCAGGUGCACGUUGAGGGCGAGAAUCAACAGCACAAUAAGGAGCUUCACCUCACAGUGUUACAGAAUAUCCCUGCGCUCUUGCGAUACGUUCCCGGUGCUGUGGAAGUUCGGUCAAAGGUUGAUUACUCUGGAGGUUCGGUCAAAGCCAAACUGAACGUGGCAAUGGAGGAGAGUAAGCUCGCUGCCUUUACCAUGCUACGAAUCGACGAAACUGGUUACAGCGAAGUCCUGGAGAUGACUCACACGUUCCCACGGUUGAAAGGAGUUCCGAAGAGACUCGAGUGCAGCACCGGGUACCUGAAGAGGGGCCGAGCCCACACGCUGAGCCACACGGCAAAGUGGGAAGACAAAGAACUGGAUUUUUUAGGGAACUACAGCGGACCUUUCCCGAAGAUCUUCGGGCGCCACGAAAUUCACGUGGAUUUUCUCCAUCCGUUCAGUGUCUCGUUUCCUUCUCAAUCCAACCUGAGGAUGAGCCUCUCCCAUUCCCGGCUCAGUCACCAGGAUGUCGUUAUCAUCAACUGGGACAAGAAGGACCAGGUGGUUCUAUUGGCGUCUCUGCUUUGGGAAAAGAACCGGCUGGAGAGCAAAGCCAACCUGCGGCACCCGUUCAAACUCACCUUGAGAGAGCUGGAGCUGACCUCGCUCUCGGAACGAAGCCAGGAGAAAUACAGCCAACAGGCUCACGUCGCUUGGAACGGAGGUCAGCCUAUGGACCUGAACUUUACUUUGGAACACAAAUUGGAAAACAACGUCACGACUUGGGACACCUGCAUGGACCUCGCCACUGGCCAGGUACAGCCCACGGUGGUUAUUCGAUCGCUGCAAGCCUGCGGGUCCGCCAGGAACAGCCCGAACUCCUUCGCUGAGAGCCUGCAACUGCACUGGGACGACAAGAAAGUCGACCAAAGUUUUGACUAUCAGCGCAACAGACCUGAGAAGCCGGACGAUCUCAAGGUCGCAGUGACUCUGGCCAAUGUCCUCGUCUCCUCUUGCGGGAAGCAGGGCUUUUUGGGCAGAAUCCAGACUGACUAUCACAGCCAACUGUACCAUUACCUAAAACUGAGCUACUGCAAGUCCAUUAAGGUGGCAGGGAAGCAUCAGCGGAAUAAAGGAAAAGUUAUCGUCUCUUCCGAAACCCGGCUCGGCCUCUCCAGUGACGAAACGCAGGACCUGGUGGCGGGAGUGACCCUGAGGGACUACGGAAAGGCUGAAGUGAAGAACUACUCUCUCAUUGUGGAGUGGAAGGCUUCUAAAAGCAGUCGUCUCAACCUGCUGGGCACUUACACUGCUUCAGCUGUCAGCAAGAGAAUAAAAUUGGAGGGAUUGAUCGAUCAGAAGGAGAAGGUUAAGCUGGCCGCAAUUCAUGAGAAGGGAUGUCUGCAAUAUUACACUGGAGUCUCUAAUGGUGAAUCGGGUGAAGAGGGAGUAGAGCUGGUGGCUUGUUCGGAUGGGCAGAGCAACGCGAAGGCUGAGCUGUAUCACAGCUCGAACAGCACGCUGAGAGAGAACCUGGGACACAUCUCAGCUGCCAUGGUCAACCAAAGUGGGCAGAGUGUACUGAGGAUAACAGCGCAAGGCUGUGGGGAAGUCAUCACAAGAGCAGAGACCAAACUCUCCGAAACAGUUUUGCAUCUUAAGGCGCGGAUGCUGGAAAAGGUUAAAGAUUUCGACCUGCACGUUUGGAAAUUCAGGAAGAGCGUGGAAGAGGUGGAAUUCCUGUACGAGGCGUGCGGCUGGGCGCUGAAGGUGUCCCGGAGAACGGCCGAGGCCAUCAGGAACGGCGGCAGAACGCUCCAGCAGCUGUGGAGGCUGAGCCGGGCUCGGGGGCUGCUGCUGGACCUGCUCCCCUGGUACCUGGCCAAGCUGCAGGACAUGUUGCAGCAGCUACAGGGGGAGCUGCAAAAGCCCGUGGCUACGCUAAAAGGCGCGUAUUACGACGUGACGCUCAAGGAACUCGACGAAGAGUGGAGACGCAAAACCGAACAGUACCUCGAGAAGGUCCAAUCAUUCGUACCAAACGUGGUGCAGGAAACCUGGCUGAUGCACUCAGUCCAAAGCCUGCUCCGCACCACCAAGCAAACGUUCGACCUGGUGGCUCAGCAGCUACUGAAAUGGAUGGAGACAAAAAUCUCCAGAGCAAUAAGCAAGAUCCGAAAGCCUCUGGCAGAUCUCUAUAAACACUCGCAAGGAAAUUGCUCCGUCGCAGUGAACGUGCCGUGGUGGCACACGGGACAGGAGAUGUUUGACCUUGCUAACAUCACCAACUACAUCGUUGAAACCAAACUGAUAAAGACGCUCAGGAGCUUGUACGACAUCAACCCAGCCGCAGAAUAUUACAGACUGAAACACAGGAUGAUGGACAGCUCAUUUGAACAUCAAGCCCUGCUUAUCGGAGACAAGCAUUGCAUGACGUUUGACGGGAAGGUGUACGACUUUGCGAGCGACUGCAGUUUCCUGUUGGCUAAAGAUUUUCUGCGGAAUACGUUCACGGUGAUGCUGAACCACGAGAGCAGUGGACGAAAUUCACUGCGCGUGGAAAUGAACCGGACGGUCAUUGAUAUCUAUCCAGGACUGAAGGUGGAAGAGAACUGCGAGCCCAGUGACCUGCCCUUACUGAAGAACGGAGUGACUGUCAAAAGAGAGCUUAACCGAGUCGAGGUGUCAAAUCAGAAUGGGGUCACUGUGUCGUGCGACACACAUCAUGCAGUCUGCAGCCUAACUCUCGCAGGAUGGUACCACGGUGUGUCCGCUGGCCUGUUUGGCACAAAUGAUAACGAAGUUGGGAAUGAGUUCAAGCUCCCCGACCACUCACUGACUGCCAACCUCCAGGAGUUUGCACAGAAGUGGCAGACCGAUGCUCAGUGUCGUCUCGUCAGCCGGGAGAUCAAAUCGUGCUUUGACAAUGCUUUUCAGUACAUCUGCAAAUCUCUAUUCAAGGACACCUACUCUCCGCUCAGGAACUGUUUCAGAGUGGUGGAUCCUGUCCCGUUCUACGACAUGUGCCUGAAUGACAUGUGUGAGUCCUCGGAUCUCCGGCCGGCCUGCAACCUGGCGGCAGCCUUUGUCCACUUGUGCAACAGGAACUUUGUCCCCCUGAAUAUCCCAUCGCAGUGCGUGACCAGCGGCAAGGAGAAAAUGCAGCAGGACGGAGCGAUGGCAACCGAGGAAAGAAUGACUUUAACAUCAGCGGAUGUCGUCUUCCUGAUGGAAGAGAAAGACUGCAACAAACCCAUCGCUGCAGAACUCCCUGCCCUCGUGCACUCAUUGGUCGAAGCUUUCAGGAACCAAGGAGUCACUGAUGUGCGGUUUGGUCUGGUUGGCUUUGGUGAAAGUGGACAUGACAACGAACAGCCUCUCGACACCGUGGACGGCAGUAACUUAACUUAUUCGCAACAGCACUUGGGAAUCGAGAUGAGUCACCUGUUGACGUUCACCCGCAAUGAGUCCCGCAACCUGUCAGCCACCGUGAAACUAGCCACACAGUGGCCUUUCCGUACCGGAGCCAGCAAGACCGCGAUUCUUCUGCCCUGCUCCUCCUGUCACCGACACGCUGAGCUCCCUGUGGAGACCCUGCAGGACAUGUUGAGGACCUCUGGAGUAGUGCUGCACGUGCUGAAGAAGACAGCGUUUCGGUUGGAGAGCGGAGCCAGAGAUGACAGUCUCCUAGGAGUGGACGGCAGCACUGUGUACACAGGCCGCUCGCUCAGCUACAAGGGCACUCUGUCUUCCAAAUCGUCCCUCCAUCGGGUGAUCAUGCCACCGGAUGAUGCGUGCGCGAUCGCAGCGAUCAAGUCGGGCGGCGCGGUGUUCGAUUCGACGACGUUUAACCGAACGAACGGAAGCUUCGCGCGGUUGUUCAGCUGGCGCGUGGCCUCAGUUUACAAUAAUAAUAAUAAUAAUAUUAAUAAGUGUCAGAACUGUGGGCGCACAGCGGGGUGAGGGCCCGGGUGCUCAGUGACACCAGUUGACUACUGUUCCGGCGAGGAGAAUGUCACGUAGCAUUAGUAACAGCAGCUGUACGUACGACGUGAGGGACGUGCAACGGGAUCUUGCCAGACUCACGGAAUCUUAAGUAAUAUUUACGCGCUGGGGAACCUCACGGACGAGCAGCGUUACCGCCAGAGCUCUGAGCUCCCGGUUCUUUUUUUUAAAAAAAAAAGUAAAAUGAAAUAAAAUAAGAUAAAAGUUACGAGUAAUUUAUAAUUCACAAUUUGUAGUUUCACUCAGCGGUUGGUUUCUAAAACUCCCCUGUACUGUAGUAGCUUUAGAUUCCUCCACCCCCCCCCACCCACCCCAAAA